AUGCCGCUCGACACCUCGACAUACUCCAUGGCGCUGCUGCGCGUUGAUGGCCGCCGAUGGAACGAGCUGCGACGGCUGCACGCCCAGAUCCGGACCCAAGAAGCUGCCGAUGGCUCCAGCUACCUCGAGAUGGGACACACUAAAGUCAUGUGCGUCGUGACGGGACCGACCGAACCCCAGCGCCGCGGUGGUGCGGGCGGUCAGACCAAGGAGGCCGCCGUCACUGUCAACCUCGUCGUCGCCGGCUUCAGUUCCGUCGACCGCAGGAAGCGGGGCCGUAACGAUAAACGAACCCAGGAGCUCGAGGCUACCAUUGCCAAAGCCGUCUCAGCAAACCUCCACACCCACCUCUUUCCCCACAGCAGCAUAUCCAUCUCCCUACACGUGCUGUCGCAGGAUGGGUCUCUGCUAGCGGCUCUGCUUAAUGCUUCGACGCUUGCCCUCAUCGACGCGGGUAUCCCUAUGACUGACUACAUUGCCGCGUGCACGGCAGGCUCAACAUCGACAUACGCUGCUGCUGACGAUGGCGCAGAUCCCUUGCUUGAUCUCAAUACGCAGGAGGAGCAGGAGCUACCAUACAUGACAGUGGGAACCCUGGGAUUGACGGACCGCGUUGCUGUGUUGGUGUGUGAGAGUCGUGUUCAGGUCAGCCGUUUGGAGGGCAUGCUUGCGGUUGGUGUGGAUGGAUGCAAACAGGUGCGGCAGUUUAUGGACCGCGUUGUCAAAGAAAAGGGCCGUCAGAUGGUCCAGGAGGGUGCAGUGGAGAGAGGUACUGGUUUGGACUUGGACAUGGAAUCAUGA